AAAACCCUUCUGCUUACCCCGGAUUAUCGCGUAUGGCUUUUCUGAUUCUCACCAUUAUUUAUUUUUCAUGAGGCUGUUGUCGAGAUGACUGCCGUUGCUGUCGCUUCUGUUUCCGUUCCCAAACCUAACCCCGUAGCGCAGACGUGCCCAGUGUGUCAGAGAAGGACUUUCAAGACGGUGAAAGCCUUACGAGCGCAUCAGCAGACCCUGAGGCAUUUGUUUCCCUGUACCGACUGUGAUAAAGAGUUUAUAGACUCGAAGGCGUUGGAGCAGCAUCGAAUUGUUCACGCUAAGCCGGAGAAACCUUGGGCCUGUUCGAAAUGUACUCGCAAAUUUGCCAGUGAAAAGGCCUUGGCAGAUCAUCACGCCAGUCAUUCGAGGCCAUUGAAGCAGAUUGCCUGCAAUAUCUGCAACAGGAAGUUCAAGACCUCGCCUGCAUUAUCGCAACAUGUUUUGUCCCAUCAGGAGGCUGAUAGUGCUCCGAAACCGCAGUCUGCGACAGGCACACUUCCCGCUCCCACUCCCGCUUCGGCUUCAGCCACCAUCCCUCAGUCGUCUGAUAUAGAGGAAAAGAUAACACAAUCGGUACCGCCGUCGCACCAGCUGUCAGCCCUAAGUCCAGAUCUCGCCAUAGCAAAUGUCGUCGCCAACCACCCAUACAACAGUAACCGUUUUGCCGUGCUCGGGCCAUCCGAGAAAGACCUCCGCUAUCUGGAGCUCCGAGAAAAAUGCCAUCCGAUUUCCCGUCUUCUCGCACAGGGGUUUCGCAUGAUCGCUUUUACAGAUCAAAGAGAACCCCGGAAAGGAACCGUCCUCGGCACCCAGUUCCAAAACACCCCACCAUCACCAAUGAACCGACACCAGAAACGCAAGGCCGUGGUGAUCGACUGUGAGAUGGUCACGGUGACUUCUGGCCGACGACAUAUCGCUUCUAUUGCGGCAGUCGACUUUCUGACCGGGGAAGUGCUUCUCAAUCAAUACGUCUACCCGGAGGCAAAGAUCGUGAAUUACAACACUCGAUACAGUGGGAUAAGUCAUGCGACCAUGAUGGCGGCUGUGAGAAACGGAGCGGCAUUGCGAGGGUGGGAGGCUGCGCGAGAGGCGUUGUGGGAGCAUGUCGAUCAAGACACGGUUCUCAUCGGUCAUGCGCUACAGAAUGAUCUCUCCAUCAUGGGUAUCAUCCACUCACGAAUCGUUGACUCGCAGAUCUUGACAGGGGAGGCUAUAUUCCCGAAGCUAUCGACUUCGAGUCCCCUGCCUCGGCUGACUGGAUUGAAGGCGUUGGCGAGUGAACUUACCGAGUAUGAUAUCCAAGCCGGUCGGAAAGGCCACACGGCGCUCGAGGACGCGUAUGCCACCCGGGAUGUGGUUAUUUGGUGCCUUAGAUACCCCCAGCUUCUGGAAAGCUGGGCUGAUAUGGCCAAGAAGCGGUACGAGCAGAUCAAGAAACAGGACAAGGAGAGACGAGAAAUGAGGAAAGCCAAGAAGAAAGCUACCAAGAAACAACCCCAAAGUAGGGGUGGGAUGCCGCCGCGCACCCAAGGCUAUAGGUAUUGUGAAGAUUCGGAGAUGGAACAUUGGUCAGAUAUUGCAGAGGCAUGUGGAUACCCUCAUCCGGAUACGGGUUAUGACCCGUGGUCGGAUUAGGUGCAUGGUUAUCUUAGUAGUGUGCUAGCUUCGAGGAAUAUCGCUGGACCGAUAUGAUGAUGUUAUGAGUUGCAGCAUUUUAGCUUGGUUUUGUGUUGAUAUUGUUUCAACUGGUUCUUGCGCGUAUGAAUGAGAAUUUCUGUCCCAGAACCAUUGCACAUGGUGAUAUUGUUCAUGGAUACCUCUUUUGCCAUGAUACCAUGCUUAUUAAGAUAUUCCUAGACGACCAUAUAACCUCUGGAAGGCCUAGCUGUUUUCUUCUGAUUGGG